UCUCAACCAAGGAGAACAUCAAUCAACCAAGACAGAAAGAUAACAUCUCACGGCUAUUCUGUUCACGAGCUAUCCAUUUCUCACGGUCCACCUCCCUCACCACCCCUACAAACCCAACAACCCGCCGAAGAUGAAGCUCUCCACCAUCGCCAUCAUGUUCUUCGCCACCAUUGCCACAGCCUCACCCGGAGCCAUCUCCUUAGAGCGCAGCUUCAAAGACGUCGAGGUCAACGGUACCGUCGUGCAAAUGGCGUGUGUCAUGUGCCCCUGCCACGGCUGGGUUGGCGUGUGCACUUGUGUCAAGAACGGGUGCUGCUGCUAAGUAGAUUAGUCGCGUCCUUGACUUGGACAUGUGUUCGCGCGUUCUUGGGAGCCUGAUAUCGGGUUCUCUUUUCGGCGACGACUCACAUGGUCUGGGAGACUCGAUCUGGUGGGUGGGAAUUAUUGGCAAGGGGCGUUGCAUUUGUUUCUUACGGUUGAGUUGGACUUUCGGACUCGCUGAUGUGGCAGAGGUCUGGGGUUCAAACAGAGUUGGUGAUGGGUCAAUUCUUGGUAUUGCUAUGAUAGACUAUGUUCGUCUUCUA